AUGGAGCCAACGGCAACGUGCAGCAGCAUGAACGUCAACGAAAGUGGGGGGACGGGGAGGUCUAGGGCCAGUAAUUGGUCUCACGAAGAAAUCAAAGUGUUGAGCGAAUUUGUGCGGGCCUACAAGCACCAGCUGAUGGGCACGAGCAGCAAAUCCACAGCCAAUGUGGAAAAGGUUAAAAUCCACUACUGGAAAAUGGCAGGGAGAGUAUUGGUGGAAAAUGGAGGGGUGGAGCGACCAUGGAAAAAAAUUAGAAAGAAGUGGCAAACCAUCACCAGUCAAGCACGGUCAUACCAUAGAGAAUGUAACAGAACGGGUGGAGGAGAAAAGCCCGAUCUGAAUCCAACAUUCGAAGUCGUGCUAGAUGCACUUGCACCAGUUGCCAAGGAUGGCAUCCUGUCGGCGGAUGAUGGUGAGUCAGACCCAGCAGCUGCAAUACCAGUUGAGGACAGCACAGCUGAGGAAUUGAUGCUAGACAUGGUGGCAAAUACCAUCAGUCUAGGUGAAGUCGCACCUGCUGAGUCCAACCCGGCCCCUCCAUCAGAGGAAGCACAUCAUCGACAUCCUGGAAUUGUUCAGGAAUCAGAGGAAGUGACGACAAAAACUACAAAGGUGGACUCCAUCUUGGAGAUAGAGAAACAGAAAUUGGCGCUGGAACAUGAGAGACUUCAGGUUGCUAAGGAGCAGCUGGAAGUUAGUAGGCAGAUUUCAGGUUCACUGGGUGAAAUCAGCCACAACUUCCAACUGUUCCUUUCCAACCUGUUGCUGAGGGAUCAAACUAAUUAAAGGGCUCAUGAAAAUUACAAUGCAUUUUUGUCAGGUACAUAUUUUGUGCAACUUUCUGCUACAUUCACAUCUAUCAUUGCCGGUCAAGCAGCGUCGCGAUCCACAUUCUCAGUUCACUGCACAGUAGCCCCGUCAUCGUCAUGAAGAUAUAAUAUCACUGGCAAGAGAAAAACUAUUUGACAUCCCUUUUUGGUUAUUUUGUUGAAAACUGCACUUCUUUAAACAUUUAAAAUGUUCCAAGCUUUUCCGGCCAACUGAGGGCGCUGUUGUCAUAAUGUCAUUUCAGGAAGACACUUGUCAGUUGAGGGAUGUUCUGUUCAAAUUAUGAACCCAAAUAUUUGCAUAUUGGAAACAUCUUUGAGAUAAAUUUGCUCAUUGUCUUGCUGACGCAACAAUGGACCACCACAGAAAAGGAAUUUACAACAGCAAAGUAUCCAAAUUCGGGCACCUGUUGGUGCUGAUCUAGAUGCAACAUUAAGGUCUCUGCCUGAAAUGACAUUAUACUUUUGCUUUUAUGUGGCAAUUUGUAUGAGCCUCAAAAUCAAAA